AUGUCAGAGGACAGAGAGGAAGUAAAGGAAGGAGAGGGAGUAGAAGAGAGGGAGGAUGAGGAUGAAUAUGACGAGGGAGAAAGGGACGGAGUGGAAGAGGAGGACGAGGAGGAGCGUGAGGAAGAAGAUGAUGAGGAGGGUGAGGAUAAUGAGAGUGCUCCUGAGGGAGGAAGUCCAGGAAGCCCAGGGGAUGAGAUCGAGAAUAAGGAGCGGAAGCAGUACAAGGAGGCCGUCUGUACUCUAAACGAGGAACUAACAACUGUUAUUGAGAAGCUGAAGGAGGAAUACCGUCUCCGAGAGAAGGCGCAGAAGGCCAAGGCAAGCUUGGAGACGAAACUGACGAGCUUCCGUGAGUAG